AUGGAGAUAAAGAACAAUGUCUGUCUGCAGAGUCUUGCAAGAAGAACAUGGGAUCUGCAUGUUAGAAUCAAUGAGAAGAUCAAUCAAAUUAAUGGAUUUAGUUUUUGCAGCGAUUGCUCGAACCAUGGCCGAUAUUGCGUGGUUGCAGAGGGAAGUUUGAGGGAGAAGGAGAAGAUGAUGUCCAUUAGAGAUUCACUCAAAGAUGUUCACAACAUUCUUAUCUUCUUGCAGGGGCUGAAAUCAAGCCAAAACAAGCAAAGGGAUGAUGCAUUAUCCCAUUUGGAAGAAAGCAUAAAGAUUGUGAUACAAAGAAUAAAUGAAUACCCAAAAAAAGGAAGGGAAAAUGUGGAGGUUCUUGAAGAGCUGAUCACCACUUUUGUUAAUUUCCAAAUGAAAAUUGAUGAGAAAGCCAAACACAAGAAUGUGUUUGGUAUUGGGAGGUCCAAUUUUGUGGUUGGUGUCGCCAGAUUUGGGGUAGAGUUUGUUGUGGCAUUUGCAAGUAUUUAUGCAACUGUUAAACUGCACAACGGCAGGCACAAGAAUAGCAAUAAGUUGGAAAAAGAUAUUGUUGCACCAUCAAAUAUCCAUCUCGAUGUGUUAAGUGGGAGGGGCUAA